CUCGCUGUGGGCAGAGAGCGGGCAGACAGGGAGGAUGCGGAGGCCUGCCAGUCCCACAACAACAACACAUCUAUCAUCCACCCGGGGCGACUAGGCCGGUCCGGGCUAUGGCUGCACCUAUUGCACAUUUCGACGACGACUGGCCGAACCUGGGUGAUCCGAGCAUGGUGUCACAGGAAGGGCUGCUGCCGCAGAAAGGCCGUGUCGCCGCCGCCGCCGCGAGCGAAGCGGCGCCCGAGUCGCUCCUGUUUGGCGGUGAUGAUGAUGAUGAUCUGCACGACAGCAGCUUCUCCCCUAGAGAGAACGCGGGGUUCCGGUCCAUGGAGGAUCUGGUGAACGAUUUCGAUGAGAAGUUAACCACGUGCUUCCAAAAUUUUGACGCCAAGACGGAGAGCAUCGCUCCCGUGGCCGUGAUCGCCGAGGACACGCUGCUGGAGAAAGACGAAAUCUGGAACACUCUGACGGCUAACUACGGACAUGUGAUGCCGGUGGACUGGAAACGUUCUCGAACGCGCUCCCUCCACGUUCCCACAAUCAACCUGGAGGAGAAACCUAGAAAGGCAGAUGUCGCGUUGGAGCUGUCUGACGAUGAGGAGCUCAGGGAUCAGCUAGACAUGCACUCCAUCAUUGUUUCCUGCAUCGCAGAGGAGCCCCUUUUCACAGCAGAGCAGGUUAUUGAGGAGAUAGAGGAAAUGAUGCAGGACUCUCCUGACAUGGAGGCAGAGCAUAAUCCGUCACAGUCGGACCUGUCGAUGCUCUCUGUGGACGUUCAGCAGCCCAACAGCUGCCCUGACUACGAGGAGAGGAUGAAAGCCUUGAGCAUUGCAGAGCUGAAUGAGCGUCUGGAGGAGACUGAAAUGAAGAUCAGGAGGUUUUCAGAGGAGCUGGUUCAGCAGCUGGCUCUCAGGGAUGAGCUGGACUUUGAGAAAGAGGUGAAGAACAGUUUCAUCUCAGCCCUCAUCGACGUGCAGAACCGGCAGAAGGAGUACCGCGAGGCGCUCAAGAAGAAGAAGAAGCUUAAAGGUGGAGCUGGGACAUCGCAAGGUCUUCCGGAGAAAACAUCUCGCUUCAGCAUGGAGGGGAUCUCCUCUGUUAUCCAAAACAGUUUCCGUCAAACUUUUGGGAGCGGGUGCAGUGAGAGACAGUAUUUGACCACAGUCAUCCCUUACGAGAAGAAGGGACAUCCUCCUUCGAUUGAAGACCUCCAGAUAUUGACCAAGAUUCUGCAAGCUAUGAGAGAUGAUAGUGACAAGGUGCCCAGCCUCUUAACAGACUACAUUCUCAAAGCUCUGGUGUGAGCCCUGGAUGGAGAGUGGUUUGCCCGACAUAGACGAGAGGGAGGCUCUGCAAAGAUUGUUAAGCGUGAUGAAAAGAAGAAGAGGACUCAUUGUUUUGUUUUUUUGCAAACAUGAAGCACACUUAAUUUAUUCCUGGAUGUUUUUACCUUUGUGUGUCCAAUUUUUUUCCCCUGGAUUUUCAUUAAGUUGUAUUUAUUUUGUACAAGCACUAUGAUUUCAAAGCGUGUGUAUUCUUGUGAAUUUUUGUUUUUAAUUGUCUCGCAGGGUGAUAGUGUAUCCUAAGUUAGUAAAUUAUAUAAGAAAUGUAGACUGGCCGUGCACUGAGCUUUGCUUAUUGAUUAGAGCAAAGCUGCACCGCGGUCGGCUUUGUGUUUAUCGGAAGUGCUGAGCUGUACACGGAGCGGAGAACGCGAUGCACAAAGCGCUCUGAUACAGAUGUUGCAGUGAUAGAGGAUCGUAAUAGUGAAUGUUAGCAAGCUUCUAAACUGAUAAGCUUACACAGAAAAUAACUUAAGAAUUUUAAAAAAGAGGAGAGUGAACCACAAGAUAGUAUUUAUUACAGUAGCACCUGAAACAGAUGAGAGAGCUCUAAGGGAACAAGAUACAAAUAAUUAAAUGCAAAAUGAUGAAGAUUACUCAGAUUAUCUGAAACCUGUGUUUAUAAACACAAAACUAUCAUAUAGUUCAGUUUUCCAUGUAGCCGCAGACAGAGGGGAGCCAUCUG